UGCUCGGCUGCCACACUGCUUCGUUACAACUUGAGACUAACAUGGCAUCUGCAGGUCUUCAGAUCCUUGGCAUGUUCCUGGCGACCGUUGGGUUUUUGGGCGACAUCAUCAUCUGCGCCCUGCCGAUGUGGAAGGUGUCGGCGUUCAUCGGGAACAACAUCGUGACGGCACAGGUCUUCUGGGAGGGCCUGUGGAUGAACUGUGUGAAGCAGAGCACCGGCCAGAUGCAGUGCAAGGUCUACGACUCCAUGCUGGCCCUGCCCCGAGACCUGCAGGCCGCCCGGGCCCUGAUCAUCAUCUCCAUCCUGAUCUCCCUCAUGGGACUCCUGCUCUCCAUCGCAGGCGGGAAGUGCACCAACUGCCUUGAAGAGGAGAUGGCUAAGAGCAGGGUGGCCAUCACUGCGGGGGUGUUCUUCAUCGUCGGUGGUGUCCUGUGCUUGGUCCCUGUGUCGUGGUCUGCCAACGAGGUCAUCAGGAACUUCUACAACCCCAUUAUGAAUGACGCGCAGAGGAGGGAGCUUUUGUUUUCUGGCAACAUGCGCACACAGCUUGUUGGUUUGUGUUUGGCAAUCAUCGGCUUCCUCGGCACUAUCCUCAUCUGCUGCCUGCCCAUGUGGAAGGUGACAGCCUUUGUUGGGGCAAACAUCAUCACCUCUCAGGUGUUCUGGGAAGGUUUGUGGAUGAACUGUGUGAUCCAGAGCACCGGACACUUGCAGUGUAAAGCCUAUGACUCCGUUCUGGCUCUACCACAGGGACUGCAGGCCUCCAGGGCUCUGAUCUGUGUGUCCAUCGCUGUCAGCGUGGUGGCCAUUGGGCUCACCGUGGUCGGGGCGCGCUUCACCAACUUCUAUCGUGACGACUGGCGGAACAAAGCCAACAUCGGCACAUCUGGGGGUGUGGUCUUCAUAAUAGCAGGGCUCCUGUGUCUAAUCCCUGUCAGCUGGACAGCCCACAGCAUCAUCACAGGUUUCUACAACCCACUGGCCACCAGUGAGAGGAGGGGGGAGCUCGGGGCCUCCAUGUAUGUGGGCUGGGUGUCUGGAGCUCUGCUCGUCAUUGGAGGAGGAAUAUUGUGCAGCACGUUCAGGUGCUGAGGAGGAGGAGAAGAAGAAGAGAGAAGAAUGAAGAACAUGAUCAAAUACACACUGUAAACAUGUACAGUUAUGUGUUCACUGUGAUGGACAUUGUUUGAUUUUUCAAAAUGUUCGACCUUUAGUUUAAAAUUUGUGUAAAAUGAUGAAUGUGAAUUCAAAUUCUGUUGGUUUAUGUUGAAGGAAAAUGUCUAGUUAAGCUAAUAGUUGUAUAAUGUGACACUGUGGGAACUGAUAACUAAACAAAUCAACUCAGAUAUAUGAGUUUAUGUGACUUGUUUAUGUUGCACAAAUGAAUGCUGCAAGAAUAGUCACUUAUUACACACUCCCACACAGUUUUAUAUCUUUGUAUUACUUUGUAUAUUUGUAUUUUUAAACAGACGGAGAAAUGGAAUAAAAUGGAAGUGAGAGAAAAAUGUGUUG